GUUUUUGGAUAGCCAAGAAAUGGAAAUAUUCUAGAAUUUUGCGCUCAAAAGCAGUGUUUGUAUGAGAGGAGUAAGAAGUUCGUGGUUAAUAGUGCCAGCUGUGUAGAUUUGUAAACAUACGAAGACAAAGAGAAAGUCCUGGAGUGAUUGUUCUUUGUCCUGCCUAUAAUCAUCGUCCAUUUUGUGAAAGCCAGCAAAAUUUGCGUCGUAUUGAUAGUUGCUGUUUUUAAACGCAAAAUUCUUUAACUUGGUCUGUGAUAAAAGCAGAUAGAGUGACUUGAUUGUGUUAUCUAUUCAUUUUUUAAUAAAGACAAAAGACUUUGCAGUAAAAAUAUUUUGCUCAAUAUGGCAAUGGCUACGAAGCACUCAGAGGGUGGAAGAAUAGUCGGCGUUACUUCUCGUGCUUUUAGGCAUCCCUCCAAGACUAACCAACAACAGGGUGCUCUUCAGAAGGGCACUCCAAGGCGAGGGGAGUCUUCCAUUCAAAGACUGAAUGCCAGUACAAGGGGGCAUUCACCAAACGGAUCAAGCCCUCGCACAUCACCAGGUCUAGUGGCAGGACAUUACGCCGGCUGUAAGUUCUCCGAGCCUCCGCUCCCUUCCGCUUUACCACUGCCGCCCAAACAUUGGAUGCAGACAGCCAGACCAUCGAGGUUGAACUUCUAUCCUACGAUUCCCGUCGCUUCAGAUCACAAGGACGUGGCGCAGCAGCUCAAGAUGCUGCUGAAGGUCCAAGCCUGACCAGUCGAGCAAAAAUCUUUGACGCUAAACAGACGAUCGCUGUAUCUAUUGUUGCGAUAGACCACUACAGCCGAUCGAUGAACAGUCUGUUUCCGUUGGAAAAGCAGAGAAAAAAAUUAUGAAAAUCCGUGAACAAGAAUCGAGAGAAUUUGUGAUUAAUUUUUAAGAUGUAAUUGGUUAGCGAGUGAACACGACAAUAUUGAAUUUAUUUCUAAAAAGGACUUGAUAGUGGCUUUCUAUUAAGUUCUUUGGUUGAUGCGUCCAAAAUUCCAGUUGCGAAAUGUGUCGGUGCCAUUGUAAACGUACAAAAAAGGAAAGAACUGUUGUUACCGUAUCGAUUUUAUUAGUUUUAGAGUGAUUUUUUUCUUCUCAGAGAAAAUGGACUGUCUGGUAUAGCGUACAGCCUUUCUUUCAGCCAAUACAACUCAAAAGUAUCUCCUUUAUGCUAUUUAAUAGUUCAAAGAUCAGAAAUAUUAUCUACUAAUUAUGAUAUUUAAGUAACUAGUAUAUUUUGUGGUAAAGUCUAGUGUUUAGAAGAGUCUAGAUACAGAUGAGGUAAAAUUUUUAUUGCGAGGUAGAAUCAGUUGUUAAAAUUUUAUAACUUAACCCAAAUCUUAAUUUUUUUGGCUAUACCAUUGCUUGUGUUGUAAUUUUA